AUGCCUUCCUUCACUCUCCCCAGUGGAGUCGUCUUCAGCUACACCGACAGCGGGAUUCCCACGUCCAAUAAGAUCGACUAUGUUACGCUAGUGCUCAUUCAUGGGGUCAUGUUCAACAACGGGACGUUCCAGUCUUUGGCAGCACUGGGGCCCUCAAACGGCGUCCGCGUCAUUGCCCCGAACCGCCGAGAAUACGAUGGAUCAACUCCCCACCCGGACGUGCUAGAGUUGCUCAUGAACGGAAGCGAAGUGGAGAAGGAGGCAUUUAUUGCGGAGAUGGGUCGGGACUUUGCGCUACUGAUCGCAGGGCUUGUCGAAUCGCUUUCUCUUCCGGGUGGAGUGGCUGUGGCCGGAUGGUCGCUGGGAUCUCUGGUCCUCAUGGCCGUCGUGGCGUCAAUGGAAAGCUUACCGGAGGACACGCGCCGGACGCUCAGUAGCUCUGUACGAAGCAUCAUCCUCUACCAGGCCCCCGCCGUUGUGUUUGGGGUCCCGAUUCCAGAAGGGAUGUCUGUCCCACAGACCGAUCCCGAGGUCUCUUCGGCUGGGAUAGGACCGUUUUUUGCACGAUGGGCAACAAGCUUCUUCCUGCACGGCGACCUCUCGACCCGCGACCUACGAAAUCUGACCUACUCCCGGACUGACCCGAAUCGACCGCCCACUUUCGAUACCAUUCCAAUAGACGGCAUAUUAGAUUUGACGGCCGGCGCCAAGGCCGACGCGAUGGUCGUUUCUCCGAGUUUCGCUGCUGCCACGGCGAAGCUGACUGAUAAAGCUCUGUUUGAUGCGCACGUACGUGGUCGGCUAUGGAAGAAUAGCAAAUUCUAUCUUGUGACUGGCUCCAUGGAUAACUGGACCUCAAUCUACGCCGGGUGGAAGAUUGAGGAGCGGAUGCUGGUGGAGGCGAAGCCUGAGUGCGAGAUCACCUUUGAGUUGGUGGACGGCGCCAAUCAUUUCUUCUUCAUGGAGGAACCGCAGAGGUCCCUCAACUGUUUCAAGCGAUGGUUCGGUAACUAGUUUGACUCGGUUUAGUCCUAUUGUUGUAUAAAUGCGCUCCUCCGAGUACUUGGUUUGUCUCACCUUGUACCCUUCGUUUCCAGUCUUUGAAGCAAGAACAAU